CCUCCUCCCCUCAGCCCGGCCCUUCCUCUGCCCCGACCCUCUACUCGCCGCCAUUGGCCGUCAGGUCCUUGUGCUCAGUCGAUUGGCCGCGUUCCCGCUCGGCAGCUCACCAUUGGAGUCAAAUUGAUGCAGAAAUGACUUGAGAAUGCAAGGUCUUUGGUCCCGCGCCGCUCCGGCGCAAUCUACUUGCCGUUGCGUCUCUUGCUUGAGCACCGUCUCCAAUGGCGUAGCUUCGAGAACCACAUCAGCAGCAAGCAAGAGACGUCUCCGGCUCGGAAAUUCGGUAACUGCACUAUACACAAGCAUCUUCGCCGCCGCCGCCUUGGCAGACGCUCAGGCCAAGGGUCAACGCCGUAUCGAAUGGGAAGAAAAGAUUGCCGCAGUGAAGGAAGAGGUCAAUGAGCUGGUGGAUGAGGAGCAACGCUUGGUGGAGGCCCUUCUGUCGCGCCGGAAGCAGGGAUUCCUCCAUGGGGCUUUACAGACCAGACACUUCGGCACAGCAACUCGACCGGCACAUGUGAGAUAUCAAUGGCCUAGGAGGAACGUGCCGUUUGCUUCGUUUCACUCGACAACCGCGUUUGCGAAUGAGAGAGACAGCCAGAUCAUUCGUGAUCUGGUCGCGGAGAGCGAUGACCCGCUGGCGGAAGAUGCUAACGAGGACUAUGGUCUUUCGCUUGAUAGUGAUCAUUCACCCACAUGGCUCACCGGCGACGUGGUCCGUCAGAAAGUCAUCCGGAAGCUUGCUCUCAAGCAGCUUGCUAUUCGACUUCUGCUUCGGCCGGCAAUUGCACACAGUUAUAUGGGAGUCCAGAUGAAUUACGGUGCCGAUUUCUCAGUACCCCAGUUGAAAGUGUCGGAGCUGCUAGCGGAGCUGAAUAACCUUCGACGCAGAAUGCGACAUGUCAAAAGCUCGAAAACAUCCAAUAUCGAUGACUUGGCCAAAGACCUUCGCGUGCACUCGAUCCGACACAUGACAGAUGAGCGGAAUCGACUGGACCGUGACAUCCAGCGUGAUGUCGAUCUCUAUAUGCGAGACCAUAUGCCUCUCCAGGAACUUCUUCUCCGACUGGCCAACAAUCUGAUGCAGUGUACGGACCCAGACCGACCAGAAGUUUUGAAGAAGAUGAUCCUAGCAUUCACCAAAACUCGCCAGAACGAUCUCUGUGACUUGAUCUUAAAGACCAUUCUUCCUUACAAGUUCCCGCUCAGCGCCUCCCUCAUCCUCACGAUCCUUACGUUCCUUCGUAAAUCCAAGAACCUCAUGGGAUUUGACAUCUUCCUAGAAAUGUUGAACGGGCACGGCUAUCCGGUCGAUUUGAACGGGUUGGGUCUUUAUCAGCGCCAAGUGAUCAAUGGGGUCGAAAUCAUCGUCCCCCCGGUUGAUUCGGCGAACCCAGUGAUCUAUGCGACCUUGAUUGUGUCUUGUUUGCGCUUCGAUCAGCCUGAUCGGGCCGAUGCAUAUCUCCUAGCUGCUAGGUCGGCUGGACAUAUGGACGAUUUCGCUAUCCUCAACUCCUACCUCAGGUUCUGCGCCAUCCGCACCGACUGGGAAAAGGGAGUGCAGACACUCAAGCGGACAUUGGCGUUCAUGGUUUCGUCAACAGAGCAUCGGCUGUUCCGACUUGAGCGACUCAUUGUGCUCAUGGUACAUAUGUGCGACGCGUGCGAAAAGUACGACAUGUCCGAAGCCAUCAUCACAACCGCAAUGAACAGCGGUUUUGACUGGGCGGCCGCCAGCAAGCAAUUGGACAUCCGAAUUCCCCACGAUCCUCAUCACAGACGAUGGAGAUCCGCAGCGGAGGCCGCACCGAAGGAAAUGCAAGAUAAGCGAGCAUGGGAGAAAUCUUAUGCCUUUGUGAAUGUCAUGAAUGAACACCUGAAUGUUUAUGAGGGCAAAUCCCCCUCUAAGAAAUGGCAAGACAUGAUCGAGCUCUAUUCCCAGCAGGUCCUAACCUCCAUGCUCGCCGGAUCCCCGGCCUCAUCCAACGCACUCAAUGCAUCCCAGCCGGCCUUUGAGGACGGCGACCGCCAGAAACUACUCCUAGAGAUCAGCAAGCAAGUCGAAAGAACCAAGCAGGAGAACGAGUCUGCUGCAGCUGCCCAAGAGCAAGAGAUCACAUCGCUCAAGGCCGAGAUCUCCCAGCUAAAACAGAUGGUCUUCGACCUUCACCAAACGCAAAAAAAGGAAACUAUCCCACCACCUCCUCCCUCCCAACCCAGCCAUCACGACCUCCUCCGCCAAAAGCAUGAACGCAUGCCUCCCACCCCCGAACUUGGGGCUCCUUUAAACCAAUUCAGAAUCCGAUACAUGAAGUCGUAGGGCCCAGUCACCUAAGACACCUCUCUCCUAGGUAGCUCUACGCUUCAACCCACCGCGUCCGUCACCAUGCGCCUCUCUCUCUCUCUCUCUCUCUCUCUCUUCCCCUACCUCUGUGUUCAUUUGGUUGAGCGGGGAUUUCUACACUUACACCUAUACUUCCUGUGUACGGUGAGUGUCUUGUUGAUGUUCCUCUCACUAACUGGCCGCC